AUGAGUUUUUUACCAACAAUCACACCGUCCCUAACCUCCUCUCUGAUUGAGAGAAAGAACCAAUUGAAGGGGUUCAUGGAGACUUCUGCAUCUUUGCCCUCUCUGAGUGAUAUGAAUCCCUUGCGGGGGCUCAUGGCUUUUGAGAAAGGAUCCCUUGGAGCUUACCAAGACCCAAAAGAGGCCAACAUCUUUUGCUCAGAUAUGGUUGGAUGCCCAUUCAUCUUGCGAAAGCUCAAGGAGGUGCGAGAUAAUCUGAAGAUAUGCCGGUUGGAAAUUGAAGACCUUCUUGAGGCAGGAACACACCACCAUGUCCUGCUCCCGGUGAUCAAGUCCCUUGUCCUCUUAGACUGUAGAGAGUGGGAUCAUGUCCAUUUUAUAGACAGCUUUCCUUUGGACCAUUACCAAAGCUGGAAAGAGGGGAAGGACAAUUUGAUGCAAGACUAUGAAGCAACAGCAAUAGAUUCUGGCCUCCGCGUUGACCGGUGUUGCAUCCUUUGGAAAGCAACCAUUGAAAUCCGUAGUGAAACAGGUGUGGAAGAUAUCCUAGAGCUCUUCAAGGCCCUCAAGAAUGAUACGAGCGUCAUUCACACGAGCUUUCGAGGUGAUGCCUUUGGUGUCAAGGGUACCCCAGAAGCACUUGCUAGUCUCAUCGAAUGGAGAGAUGGUGAUUACGGUUCCAUCAGCAAGACAGCGUUUGUGGACGUCCAAUGUGGUUGGAGUGACGAUGGACAUGUGCAAAACGUGCUCUUUCUGAACACAUGCAUGUACGUGCUGAAGCAUCCGCAGAGAGACACUGGUGCACCGGCUGCUCGUGGCAUCAAACCAUCCAGGAGCAUCAGGGUUCCGAGGAGACAGCGAAUAAAUAGUCUGGUCUUGCCAGAACCACCAAGCCGGCCCGCGCUAAGAAGGCAUCAAAGCGCCUGUUUUGGCAGAGUUGGCCAGGACGAGGAAACUUGCAAGGCCGCAGACUUGAUGACAAGGAAAACUCUCACGAGGACCAAGAGUGCUUCAAGCGCGGGACAGCCUGGCAAACGAGCCGUUUCAAAUGGUCUGGUUGACCUCCAAAAUGCUUCUGGUAUCGCCCGAAAGACACCAACGAGAGCCAAGAGUGCUUCGACUUCACGGCGAAAGGCACAAACAACCCCCAGGUCCAAGAGCGAAAUUAUUCCUCGGCGCAAGUCAGACACAAGGCUCCUAGUCGAAAAGAAAACGAAGGAAGAUGUAGCUCCAAGGAGCAAGUCUGAUGCUCGUCUUUACGGAAUGAGGCGAACGGAUUCAACCAAGCGCACGGAGCAUUCUUUGAAGAAUGCAACAUUUGACGCUAGUGGAAGCAGCAGCAGGAGGCCACCCUCGAGAUCUAAAAGUCAUUCCAUUGAAAGGGAACGAGGGCAAGCCAAGAUGCUGCGCACGAAAACAGUGGAGGGCAGUGGAAGCAACAUUUCAGUGCUCUUCGCUGCCAAGAAACGCCUGGAAGAUACCCCUGACUACGACUGGGAGCUUGGUGCGUUUUUGAAUCGCCAAGCGUCCAAAGCAGCCUAG